AUGGCAUACCACGUGCCAAGAAAAUAUAACCCACGAAGACAUAGCCAGCAUAAGGCGCUGAACUUCAUGGAUAAAGAAAUAAUCCAUAGUCCUCUGAACAGAAAAGGCAAACAAAUAACAAAAUUUGGCCUCACACAUCUUCACAGGAGCAUUCAGUGCAAGAAGACAAUCAAGCAGAAUCUACACAAUUCUAGAGUAAAGAAACUUCACCACGUGAGACGUCGCUGCCGUUGGCUGGAUUUGCGUGCUCGUGCUCCAUUUGACGUUAUUACACGACUCUCAUUGCAGUGUUCUGUCAGUUGUGGUGCUGGAGUCCAGAGAAGAAAGCAGGUGUGUCAAAGGCUGACAGCCAAAGGCCGGCGCGUUCCCCUCGGUGAGAUGAUGUGCAGGGAUCUGCCAGGGCUCCCUCUUGUGAGAUCUUGCCAGAUGCCUGCAUGCAGCAAAAAAUCAGAAAUGAAAUCUUCUUAUUAUCCGCAGGGUCCUCAGAUCCUCAGUGUCCAGAGAGUCUACAUUCAGACAAGGGAAGAGAAGCGUAUUAACCUGACCAUCGGUAGCAGAGCCUAUUUGUUGCCCAACACAUCUGUGAUCAUUAAAUGCCCUGUGCGACGAUUCCAGAAAUCUCUGAUCCAGUGGGAGAAGGAUGGCCAUUGUCUGCAGAACUCCAAACGACUUGGCAUCACCAAGUCAGGCUCACUAAAGAUCCACAGUCUUGCGGCCACUGACAUUGGUGUGUACAGGUGCAUUGCAGGCUCUGCACAGGAAACAGUUGUUCUCAAGCUUAUCGGUACUGACAACCGGCUCAUCGCACGCCCAGCCCUCAGACAGCACAUGAGGGAAUAUCCCGGGAUGGACCACAGCAAAGCCAAUAGUUUGGGAGCCACGUGGCAUAAAAUGCGACAAAUGUGGAGUAACAAAAAUGAGCUUUAUCUGGAGGAUGGCCAAAAUAAUAACCAGCCUUUCUUGAGCGCCCUGUUAGGCCACUGUAGUAAUUCUGCAGGAAACACCCACUCCUGGGAGUUUAAGAAUAAGCAGUUUGAAGCAGCAGUUAAACAGGGAGCAUAUAGCAUGGAUACAGCCCAGUUUGAGGAGCUAAUGAGAAACAUGAGUCAGCUCAUGGAAACCGGAGAAGUCAGCGAUGACCUUGCAUCCCAGGUGAUAUAUCAGCUGGUGGCCGAGUUGGCAAAGGCACAGCCAACACGCAUGCAAUGGAGAGGCAUCCAGGAAGAGGUGCCUCCCGCAGCUCAGCUCAGGGGGGAAACAGGAAGUGUGCCCCAAAACUCAAAUGGGAAAAACUCAGGCAAGCUGACAUUCAAGCCAAAGGGACCUGUUCUCAUGAGGCAAAGCCAACCCACCUCAGUUUCAUUUAAUAAAACAAUAAAUUCAAGGAUUGGAAAUACAGUAUACAUUACAAAAAAGACGGAGGUCAUCAAUAUACUGUGUGACCUCCUCACCCUCAGUGAGGCCACGUAUACGUGGACCAAGGAUGGAGCAUUGUUACAACCCUCAGUAAAAAUAAUUUUGGAUGGAACUGGGAAAAUACAGAUACGGAAUCCAACAAGGAAAGAACAAGGAAUAUAUGAAUGUUCUGUAGCUAAUCAGCACGGUUCAGAUGUGGAAAGAUCUUCUUUGCUCUAUGCAG